GAAUGAACGAGUCGUUCCGAAAUUUCUGUGGGCAUGACACUCCCACUGCGUUUAUCUCAAGCACAACGCCGUAGCAUAAGGUGAAUUGGCCCUCAGUGAAUCUAAAUAUCAAACACAAUGGCAGAGGAAUCACCUGCGGGGUCCCCGCUCUCAUCGCUCUCCUCAGACUUUGAUGGAGAUGACGACCACGACGAAAUCGCAGCAGAAGCAAUGCCUCCUUCGAAGAAGCGCAAGAUUGGAGAUCCCGAACCUUACCUCGAAGCCCCCAAAUUCGACGACGAUGCAAUAUCCAUAUCGUCCGACAGCUCUGGGGAAGUUCCAGCUUCUCCCAGCAACCGUCCCGAAGAUGACGACAACCACGAACAAGUGACAGUAUGCACUUGGACUGGUUGCGACGAGGGAGAUCUAGGGAAUAUGGACAGGUUGGUAGAGCACAUACAUAAUGAGCAUAUUGAGACAAGAGGGAAGAAGUACACAUGCGAAUGGUCAGACUGUGCGCGCAAGGGUUUACCUCACGCCAGUGCGUAUGCUCUGAAAGCGCAUAUGAGAAGCCAUACGAGGGAAAAGCCAUUCUAUUGUUCACUACCUGAAUGUGACCGAGCUUUCACACGCUCAGAUGCGUUAGCAAAGCAUCAUCGAACAGUUCAUGAAACGGAAUCGCUUCGUCCUUCGGAUCCAAUUCCAAAGUCCAUGCAAGCCGCUCACAGAACGUCGCGGUUGAAGAUGAUCAUGAAAACUCCUCAGCCUCACCUGGACGGACACAUCCUUGGACCCAUGAAUGGCACGACGAACGGUCACGCUCCGACGGGAUGGACUUCAUCAUAUCCAACUGAACUUGGUUUCAGACCAGAAGAAGAAGAAAGAGGACCAAAAGAUCUGUACAGAUUAUUGCGCAGACAAGUGCACUGGGCGGAGGAAGAAGCCGAAUCAUUGAAGCAGUCUGCCGAGAUGAUGGAAGAGCUUCGCAGGAAAGAAUGGCUCGAGAAGGAGAUUUUACUCGACCAAGCACUCAAGACGGAGAUUGAUUGGCAUGAGAGAAGACGGCUAGUACUGGCCGGCUCUGCAGAAAUCCCCUCGGCGGAUGCAAUCAAGGCCGCAGCGGAUCGAGCAAGUUGGCACAAUGCCUACUCACCUCCUGCCAUAGGAGCAUCGUCACCAAGUCCAUUACCAAUCAAAGGCCAGCCAGUUGAGGAUCAGAGAGAGGCAGCUGCUGUGUUGGCUUCUUUGCACCAAGCAUAAUGGAAAUCAUUUCGUUGACAAAUAUCACUUAGCGUUGAAAGCAAUCAAGCGUUGGUUUUGGAAUUUCGAAGAGUGUAAUAUAGAAGCCAUCUGACAAUAGGCGCAAUUGGAAGGGAAAGUGAAACAUUGCUAGAUAGCUGUCUUCCUCGUGAGAUAUGGAUCUUACAACCUUUCACGUCUUUCUUCGCAGGCUACUUGGGUUAUGCACACGUGAAAGCUCACAUCUGU